AGGGGAGUCUACGGCCCAAGAUUUUUUGCAACUCCUUUUACCAGAUAACAACCACAAAAUUGAUUCCACCAGUCAGCAUCAGUUGCAACUUCGGUUGGACUCUGCUUUAUGGUCUUCACUCAAAGAAUCGGCGAGCAUAAGGGAUCGAGCUCGACUGAAUACCAUUUCUGGUCAACACACUGGGGCAUGGCUACGGGCAAUACCGAACCCGAAUCUCGGCCUUUCCAUGCCCAAAAGAGAGUUUAGUGUGGCACUACGGAUAUGGUUGGGUAUCCCCAUUUUCCCUUCCCCAAACUCCAAACGCUGCCCUUGUGGUAACAUUAUUGAUAAGUUUGGUGACCAUCUAUUGGGAUGUAAUCAAGGACAGAGUUUGACAACGAAACGUCAUGAUGCUCUAUGCGAAGUGGUGUACAACGCACUGCUUACAGAUGAUUCUCGUUGUCGUCGGGAGGCAAGAUGUAGCAGUAGCAACCAAACAAGACCAGGAGAUGUUUAUCAUCCAGAUUUCGAGCGCGGUUUGCCUGCCUACUUUGACUUAUCGGUACGAAGUUCCUUACAACCGUCUUUUCUCACUCAAGCAGCAAGUCAUCCAGGUGCAGCAUCUGAUGCAGGAGAGAUGGAAAAGGACGAACGACAUCACCUGAAUGUGUCCAGCACAGGCAGCCUUUUUCAUCCGCUAGUAGUAGAGACUCUGGGUCUCUGGACAGCUGCUAGCCUUCAAGUGCUCAAGAUCAUAGCACGUAGAGCUUCGUUUAAACAUAAUGUUUCAAUUAGCCAGUCUGUUUGUCAUUUUCAUCAGCAACUCUCUACUAGACUGUGGUGUAGCAACGCUAAAAUGAUACUAGCUAGAUGCAGUUUAGAUGGUACUGCUAGUCCCCUAUGGGACCUAUAAUAUAAUAUAUAUGUAUAAUAUAA